AUGUCACCUCAACCCCCAACUAUGCUGCGCAAGGCUAUCUCUUCCUUACAAACUCAAGGUCGAAAAUCCCUUAGCGCAACAGGCCAACGGAGGACCCACCAUGGCCAACCAUCCCACCCCGGUUGGGACGCCAACAAUAACUCGUAUGACUAUACCAGAGGUCGUUUCCUCUCAAAGGAAGCUCAUGAGAUGAAGAUACGCCGCGUAAGAUUUAACAUGAAAGAGCUGGCAAAGUCUGCUGCGGAAUCAAUCGGCUUCACAUAUUCACAAUGCGUUCGUAUCGAGCAACUCCCAGAUGGAAUGUCCAAUAAAGCAUUCCUGUUCACGAUGCAAGACGGUACACAAGUUGUAGGCAAAGUGCCGAAUCCAAAUGCUGGACGGCCACAUUAUACUACUGCUAGUGAAGUGGCCACGAUGGAUUUUAUGAGGAAUGAGCUGAGCACGCCUGUUCCCAGGGUGUUGGCCUGGAGCUCCAAGGCGGAUGAAAAUCCAGUUGGUGCGGAGUAUAUCAUAAUGGAAAAGGUUGAAGGGGUCCAGCUUGAUUCAGUAUGGCCCAAGAUGGACAUCAAAAAAAGAUUUGAACUCGUCAAGACCAUUUCGGGAUAUCAAAAGGCUUGGAUCUCGAGGUCUUUUACCCAAUAUGGGAGUCUGUAUUAUUCAUCGGAUCUGGAAAACUCUGAUGGAUGUGUUAUUGUUAAAGAAGAUGGGUAUGAGCUCAAAGAGCAUCGCUUUGCGGUCGGUCCAACAACAGGACGAGAAUUUCAUGAUGAUGGUAGGAUUGAAGUUGACUUUGAUCGAGGCCCUUGGGAUACUGUGCACCAAUACAAGUCAGCAGUUGGCUUUCGAGAACUUGCAUGUGUACAGAAUAUGACCCGACUUCCGCGCUCACUCUUGGGAUUAUAUGGCCCCAGCACGUAUACUCCUUCUCGUUCUAAGGAGAUAGCCGCUCUUCGAGACUAUCUUGCCCUGCUGCCAUUUUUCCUUCCGACGGACGAGUCAAUCUCUUCCGCAUACUUGUGGCACCCUGACCUCCAUACAGAGAACAUCUUUGUUCACCCCGAAAGGCCAUCAGAAGUCCUAGGCAUCAUAGAUUGGCAAUCCAGUGAGGUGUUGCCACUCUUUGACCACGCGCGUCAACCAUACUUUCUUGAUUACGAUGGUCCCCCGGCAACUGGUCUCGAUCCACCCGAAUUCCCCAAAAAUUAUGAUCAGCUUGAUCCGACCGAGCAAAGAAAAGCCCAGACCUUAUAUCUCAAUGUGUCACUCGCGACCCUGUAUAGAAAACUCACUUCUAUGACUAAAAAGAGGCUGUUCAAAGCUAUGGAGUUUGGCCAGACAUCAAGUUUUGAUAUGAUGUUAUUUGCACAGAAUUUGCUCAUUGAUGGGGAAGCUUUGUAUCGGGCUAGGAUGCUUGAUAUUGAGCAAAAAUGGUCCAGUCUUCCGGGUGUGCAAGGAUCUGGAAAAGAAUUUUCUCUGAAACUUUCUGCGGAAGAGGUCAGCACUAUUGAGAAAGAUGCAAAUGGGGCGACUGAAGGCAUGGAACUUAUGCAGAGUGUGAAGGAGACUUUGGGUGAACUCUGGCCCGAAAAAGGUAUCGUUCAGCCUGACCGGUAUGAUGAAGCCAAAAGGCUUCUAAAAGAGGUCAAGACAGAGUUGAUUGCUCAACUCGCACAUUCAGAGGUAGAGAAAAAGGCAUGGGAAGAGUCAUGGCCGUUUGAUGACUGACUUGGUGAACAUUUUCCCCUCAAGUCUCUCUCUAGCAUACGCUAUCAAAUAUGGUUAGCAGUACACUGCCGCUAAGCAGAAAUUGGGGUGGUACACAAUUCACUUUGUUCAAGUCGUUGAAAUCUCUGCUCA